AUGGCGCGAACAGAAGCCACUAAGCUCUCCAACGGCACCAUUCACAAUGAAAAAGCCAAUGGCUCAGUAACAGUGUCCGAGAUCCACGAGGAAAAGACUGAUUACGCCCGCUGGAGACUCCUGGACGAGCGGGGACGUCAGACCUGGCACUACCUCCAAACCGACGAGGAAGUAGAGCAGUGGCCGCAGAGCACAGCGGACAAGUACCACCUAGGCCUCCCCACUGGUCUCCCCAACCUCCAACCCCCCAAAACCCCCCUCGCCUCCGCCCACAACGCCCUAACCUUCUUCUCCGCCCUCCAACUGCCCCCAGGCAACUGGGCCUGCGAAUACGGCGGCCCGCUCUUCCUCCUCCCCGGCCUCGUCAUCGCCUGGUACGUCACGCAGACCCCGAUCCCGCCCGCCUAUGCAACUGAGAUCAAGAACUACCUCUUCGCGCGGCAGAAUGCAGAGGAUGGAGGCUGGGGGCUGCACAUUGAGGGCGAGAGCAGCGUGUUCGGCACCGCGAUGAACUACGUCGUGUGUCGGCUGCUAGGGGCAGAUGCUGAGGAUCCUAGGAUGGUAAGAGCGAGGGCGCUGUUACAUGAGCUGGGAGGCGCGGUCAAUGGGCCGCAUUGGGCGAAGUUUUGGUUGAGUGUGUUGGGGGUGUGUGAGUGGGAGAUUGUCAAUCCGGUACCGCCGGAGCUGUGGCUACUACCAGACUGGGUCCCCAUAGCCCCCUGGCGCUGGUGGAUCCACAUGCGCGCCGUCUUCCUCCCCAUGAGCUUCGUCUGGUCGCGCCGCUUCUCCCACCCUCUAGAUCCCCUGACCCGCUCCCUUCGCGAUGAGCUCUUCACGCAACCACACAGCAGCAUAGACUUCGCCGCCCACCGCAACAGCAUCAGCCCCCGCGACAACUACCACCCAAAAACCUGGAUCCUGAACACGAUAAACUGGCUCCUCGUCAACAUCUGGAACCCCUACCUCCGCAGCGCCCGCCUCGUGCAGAAAGCUGAAGCCUGGACCUGGAAGCUCAUGCAGAUGGAAGACGCCAACACCGACUUCGCGAACCUCGCCCCCGUGAACGGACCCAUGCAUCUCCUCGCCUGCUACAUCGAGGAAGGGCCGGACGCCUACAGCGUCAAGCGGCACCGCGAGCGCAUGGAGGACUUCCUCUGGGUCAAGGACGAGGGCAUGCUCAUGAACGGCACCAACGGCGUGCAGAACUGGGAUACCUCGUUCGCGAUCCAGGCCGUGAUGGCGUGCCCCGGCUUCGCGGCGGACGAACGCUGGAGGCCCGUGCUCACCAAGGCGCUGGAGUUCCUCGAGGACCAGCAGAUCCGCGAGGACUGCGUCGACCAAAGUGUGUGCUACCGCCACCCGCGAAAGGGCGCCUGGGGCUUCUCGACGAGAGAGCAGGGCUACACGGUCAGCGACUGCACGUCCGAAGCCGUCAAGGCGGUUAUGCAGCUGCAGUUCACGCCCGGGUACCCUCAGCUAGUAUCGGACGACCGCAUCCACGACGCCAUCGACAUCAUCCUCACGAUGCAAAACCCUUCCGGCGGCUGCUCGUCCUACGAACCCACGCGCGGGUCAGAGUAUCUCGAGUACCUGAACGCGGCCGAGGUGUUUGGCCGCAUCAUGGUUGAGUACGACUACCCGGAAUGCACGACCGCGUGCGUGACGGCGCUGAUGCUGUUUAAGAAGCUGUACCCCACCUACCGCACCGCUGAUAUCGAUGCCUUUGUUGAGAGGGCGCUCGCUUAUAUAAGGAGGGUGCAGCGGCCCGAUGGCUCGUGGUAUGGCUCCUGGGGCAUCUGCUUCACGUACGCGGGCAUGUUUGCGCUGGAGGCGCUGGCGGCGGUGGGGGAGACGUAUGAGAGUUCUGAGCGGGUGAGGCGCGCGUGUGAGUUUUUUAUUGAGCGUCAGAUGGAGGACGGGGGGUGGGGCGAGACGUAUAGGAGCUGUGAGACGGGCGAGUGGUGUAACCAUGAGAGGAGCCAGGUUGUGCAGACGGCGUGGGUGUGCAUUGCGCUUAUGGAGGCCAGGUUUCCGGAGCAAGAGCCGAUCAGGAAGGCGCUGAGGAUGGUGAUGGGGAGGCAGAGGGCGAACGGAGAGUGGCUGCAGGAGGGGAUUGAGGGGGUUUUUAACAAGAGUUGCAUGAUAUCAUACCCGAAUUACAAGUUCAUAUUCCCGAUCAAGGCGCUGGGGAUGUAUGCGGAGAGGUAUGGGGAUAUUGAGCUGGACUGA